UCCCUAACGGCACGCACUAAAGUUUUUUCGUACUUGUUUGGUUAAAUUUUAUUAUCACCUUUUGGCCAGAAAAGUUAAGCAAUGGGCAAACGGCGGACGCAAUCCCUAAUAGACUCCAAUUCCAGCGAUAGCGACAGUGAGUCGGAGACCAACUUGGAAUCGGAUCUGAUGUCGCUGGCCAAAAAGCGAAAGAAGCCCCAGACGGCGGCGAAGGCGAGUUCCCGCUCCGAUUCCGACUCCGACUGGGCCAAAAACAAAGCUGGAGCCCCCGCCUCCAAGAAGAAGAAGCGCCAGAAGGCCAGUCGAGAUUCUAGUUCUUCGGAGUCCAACUGGGACGACGACAGCCAAGAUGAGGCGCAACCAGCGGGGCCGACACCUGCGCAAGCUCAGGUGGCACAUAAAUCCCCAGAGCAAGCUACGCAAGCAGCGCAACUCAGCGAACAAGAAGAGGGCGAGGUUUCCGACAGCGAUUCCGACAAGUCCAAGUCAAACUCAUCCUCUUCCGGCUCCGAUUCCUCUAGCUCUUCGUCCUCCAGCUCCGAUUCAGAGUUCGAUGACGGCUUCGAUGAUGACCUCAUGGGCGACGACGAGGAUCGAAGGCGUCUGAAUGGCCUUUCCGAAAAGGAGCGUGAAACAGAGAUUUACAAACGAAUUGAGCAGCGUGAAAUCAUGCGCACUCGAUGGGAAAUCGAACGAAAACUCAAGUUAGCUAGGCGGGGGGAAAAGAACCAAGAAAGGUCGAAGAACAAAGGCGAACGGGCAAAGAAGAAGAAGGAGAAGCGUGAGAAGAAAGCGAAGAAGGCCCGAGAACAACAGGCGCCUCCGCCACCUCAGGCAUCCACAAUUGCUCCAUUGGUUGCGGAGCCCAAACCCAUUGGAGAAGUGAGGUCCGCGAGUCCCUUGAUUUCGCCCGCUAUCAGCAGAGAUGUGGCAUCCACUUCUGCGGCGGUGGCCAGUAUUCUGCCCGAUGAUCAGGCAGCUGCCGCUGGCGUCUCUGAUUACUUCGAUCACAAGGAGCGAUCCAAGGAGCGCAAAAAGAACGUGGAGGCCAACAAGACGGACGACAAGAGGAGCAAUGCCAUGGCCUUGCUAAAAGCCAAACGAGAAGGCAAAGCUAAGAGGGAGGAAGAGGAAGCCAAACGCCUGGCUGAAAAAGAUCGUGAUGACGACAAGGAGGAAUUAGAAAGCGUUUCUGGCUGCAAAUCAGCCGUGAAACUGAAAGCCUCUGAGAUCUAUUCAGACGACUCGGGCAGCAGCGAUUGGGAUGAAGAUGAGAAGCCCACGGGCAAGCGUUCGCGCUCGAACAGCAGCAAGGCCUCCAGUGAAUCCGAGGAGGAGGGGAAGGUGCCCCAGAGACCCGUUUUCAUAACCACGCGCGAGGAUCUAAACAAGCUGCGCCUCUCGCGACACAAAAUGGAACGUUUUGUGAACUUGCCAAUAUUCGAGAGCACCGUACUGAACUGCUUUGUGCGGAUCAGCAUCGGAAACAACGGACAGAAGCCCGUGUACUGGGUGGCGGAGAUUGUGGGCGUGGUGGAGACGGGAAAGAUCUACAGCCUGGGUACCACGCGUACAAAUCGCGGAUUGCGGCUCAAGCACGGCAUCCUGGAGCGAGUGUUCCGUCUGGAGUUCAUUUCAAACCAGGAGUUCACCGAGAGCGAGUUCAAUAAGUGGACCCAAGUGUGCCAGCAGAAUCACAUUCAAAUGCCCACAAUAGACUUAAUCGCGACCAAACAAAACGACAUCAAGAAGGCGCUGAACUACGAGUUCAAGGACGAGGACGUGGACAAGAUUGUCGAGGAGAAGAACCGUUUCCGCAACCGACCCACCAACUAUGCGAUGAAGAAGACUUGCCUAAUGAAGGAGCGCGAUGCGGCCAUGCUGCGUGGCGAUUACGACAUUGCUCAGGAUCUGGGACAGCAGAUCGACGAACUGGAGAACCGUGCCUCAGAGCUGGACAAAAGGAGAUCGCAUACCCUUAAUUUGAUUUCCUACAUUAACGAUCGGAACAGGAAGAAGAACGUGGAGGAUGCGGAGAAGGCAAUUUUGGAGGAAGCCCGCGCCAAUAAGGGUCUCAAGAUCUCCGAUCCCUUUACGCGCCGAAUCACUCAACCACGCAUGGGCUUCAAGGGUGUCAAGAAGGACGAUGAUGACAUGCAGCUGGCGCCUCUGCCACCUCCACCGCCUGGGAAGAAGCGACCCAGCGAAGCGGGUUCCUCGAGCUCCAGCGCCAAGCCCACGGACUCCAAGGACUACAGCCUUUACUCAUUGCAUGACUUUGACAUCGACUUGGAUGUGCCGUUGCCAGUAAGUACGAAUUCAGUGCCCAAACCGGCCAGCAAACCAGCCGAAACCGUCUCCAAGCGUUCGUUGAACCUGGAGGAUUACAAGAAGAAGCGCGGCCUCAUUUAGAAAAUAAAUCUGAUGGACUAUAUAUAUUGACAAAGCCUCACGUUUACGUCCUAGUUUAGUGUAGUGCCCAAAUGACUACAGCAAACGUUUGUUAAUGCUAUGACUACGACCCCAACUAAUGGAGAUAUAAGGCGACGAUCCGUUCGGCUUAUAGUUACAGUUCACAAUUGUAUUUAAGUUGACACAGUAAGAUUGAAUUAGGUCAGGCAUCAAUGUUGAAUAUCCUAAUCGCGAUGACGUUCCCCGUUUGUGUUUGUUUGGUAUCAAUAUUAUGAUUCAGUUUAUAGAGAAAUUAUACAGACAGCACAACAAACAGCAGCAGCAAUAUCGAACAUUUAAAAUUCUUAUGCAAGUAAGGGACUCAUUAAAUAAUAUUUAUAGAUUGAUAGAGCGCUACUGUAAUUUUUUAGGAUAUAAGUUGAAAAUUGUAUUACGAAAAAAGGUAAACCCCAAACGAGCCCAGCCCAAUUUUUUCUCGAUGAGAUGUUCAAUAAAUUAAACUAAAUGAUAAUAUAAUUUAUACAGAAUUAGUUUACAGCGAAAACUUAAUUGUUUACUCAGGCAUAUGGCAAGUGUUAAAAAAGAGAUUCCAGGGACAAAUAUGAAACAGGCUGAUUAAAUGGGAAAUUAACGAACACACAUUCAAACGAGCAUGUAUCCGUUGGUUGUAAGCGUUCAGUGCUGUACUAGCUUUAGGCGAAAUUCAUCAAUUGUAGCAACACAGCAUCCAUAUACUUAAUUAUACACAUAUAAAUAAUAAUUAUUUAUAAUAAAGAAAAGACUUUAAA